CACUAGCUCUACAAUCUACAUAUUAAAACAGCCUUGGAACACGGUUGGAUGUGAUUCGAAGCAGAGUGUGUUCUGACAGAGUAAAGAAUGAGCUGGUUUAACUGAUGCCACUCAGGAUACAUCUGAAGGUUAAGCAACUACAGAUCUCGGCUAAUCUGCUGUAAUCUGCUGUUGCUAAAAGGAUGGCUGCAUUCACAUUCGUAGCACACUGCACAUGAGUGCCUAGGAAUAAAGCUUUCACAUUUCUUCAUGUCAGUUCUUCUGGGAGGAAGCCAUGUAUCUGUUUAUUUACUUCUACCUCCUAGUGAGUUUUUUUGAAGAAGUUCAUGGCUUUUGUCCCUCACAAUGCACUUGCGUUUACCAUGGCAGAAGCGAUGGCACUGGAACAAGGUCUGUACUCUGUAAUGACCCUGACAUGUAUGAGAUCCCUGUGAAUAUUCCUGUGGAUACUGUAAAACUUCGUAUAGAGAAAACUGUCAUACGAAGGAUUCCAACUGAAGCCUUUUACUACCUGGUAGAUCUCAAAUACCUGUGGGUCACUUACAACUGUGUGGCCAGCAUUGAUAUCAGCAGCUUCUAUAACUUGAAACAACUGCAUGAGCUGAGGCUGGAUGGUAAUCUGCUUUCAACUUUCCCUUGGGAAUCCCUGGCAGAGAUGCCCAACUUACGGACUCUUGAUCUGCACAACAACAAAGUGACCAGCAUUCCCGCUGAUGCUGGCCGCUACCUGAGAAACCUCACCUACCUGGACCUAUCCAGCAACAAGCUGACCACCUUGCCAUCAGACCUCAUGGACAUUUGGCCCCCCUUCUCAGGAGCUGUCAUGUCCAAGAACACAGGCAUUCUGGUGACGCAGAGAAUAAUUUUGGGUUUUCAGGACAACCCAUGGUUUUGCGACUGUCGCAUUUCAAAGCUAAUUGAAUUUUCCAAAAUUGUGGACACCUCUGUUGUACUUCUUGAUCCAUUGGUUUCAUGUAGUGGUCCUGAGAACCUGGCAGGAAUCUUGUUCCAGAGAGCUGAGUUAGAGCAGUGUCUUAAACCAUCUGUGAUGACCUCAGCAACAAAAAUCACCUCACCACUGGGCAGCAAUGUCCUGCUACGCUGUGACGCCACGGGGUACCCAACACCACAGCUCACUUGGACUAGGUCAGACAAUAUUCCAGUGAACUAUACAGUAAUUCAAGAAACUCCUGGAGAGGGUGUCAGAUGGUCCAUAAUAAGCUUGACAGGAAUUUCAUACAAGGAUGCAGGAGAAUACAGAUGUAAAGCCAAGAACUUGGCAGGAAUGUCAGAAGCUGCUGUGACUGUCACAGUGGUUGGUGUAGUUACUACAACUCUGUCACCACAGAAGUAUGGAAGGAAGCCAGAGGCUGAGAGGCAGAAUACAACUCAGGAGGAAUCCAAGCAGGAACCCGAGAGGACAACCACACCUCUUCCCACCACACCAACCACCACGGCUCUGGUUAGCACUGAAAGAUCAACCAGCAUGACAUUUACUGACAAAAAGCAAUCCAGGCUCAUGUUAGAUGGAAGGAAAAUUUCAAAGGCAGUGACAAAUGGGAACAAAAAGCAGACUGGAGAUUUAAGCAAGAAAGGUGAGGAUACUUCAUUGAAUACAGCAGGUGUGGCUGAGCAAAAUGUUACUGUGAAGGACCUAAGAGUAAUCAGUGAAACUGAUGAAAGGGUGACCUUAACUUGGAACACUCUCAGUGCCACAGGCAAUUCUGCUGUGACUGUAUUAUACUCCAAGUAUGGUGAGAAAGAUAUGUUGCCUCUCAGCACUGAUUCUAACAAAAACAAAGUCACAAUUGAUGGUUUGCAACCUAGUACUCAGUAUAUGGCAUGUGUCUCACCCAAAGGGGUGCCACCUACAAAAGAGCAGUGUGUUGUUUUCUCCACUGAUGGGUUAACUGAUGAAAGCAGCUCUCAGUUUUCUAUUCUGAUAGUGGCCAGCAGUGCAGCAUGCGUGGUUAUUUUACCUCUGAUAUUUUUCUUACUCUACAAAGUUUUAAAACUUCAUUUAAGACCAAAAUCUGCAAAGGAAGCUGAACUUGCAAAAGAGACCUAUGUGCAAUUUGAAACAGUGUCGCUGAAGCCUCGAACGCUGAGUGCAGGAGACCAGCUCUGGGCACGAAGGUACACAGAUGAGUCAGAAAGACUUCUCCUUUGCUCUAGGUCAAGCAUGGAUUCUCAAAUGACCUUCAAAAGUGAGGGCUCCAGGUCUGAGUAUCUGUGUUGAAGGGUGAGGGUGGAGAUGAAAUAAAUAAUAGGUAAAAUUACUUCAAAAUGAUGAUACUGCAUGUGGAAGCAGGUUGAUGCUAGAUGAUGGUCAGAAUACAUUAUCUGAUGUAGAGUUUUACUGGAUGGUGGUGGGUAAGAGGGAGAAUAGAUGAAAAAUAUUGCCUGUUUAUUUUCUUUGUUUUCAUGUUUGUGAUUUUGGAUGUGAAGAAAUGAUGUUCUUCUAAAGAAAAAUACAGCAUGAAAUGGUUCCCUGGGUAAAGAUAUUCUAUGUUUUUAUUAAAACAUUCUGUUUUCUCUUCCCUCAUUUCAUCACAUGGUGUGCUAGUUGCAUGUAUCAAACAUGAAUCUCAAUUUUCUUGAAAGCUAUGUACUUCAAAAUUUUAGAAAAACAGUUUUAGCUACUUCUAUUGGGGUCAAAACUUUAUGUGAAUAUACAAGUUUUCUUCUGAUGUUAGCUUGUGCUUUGAGGUGUUAUACAGCUGUUUGUACAGUAUCUUGUGUUGAAAGUAUUCUCAUGAUGGUUGAGACUGAAGUCACAGUUUAUGGACUCUUGAGAGGUACAAAACACAUUGUAUUGUCAUUUUGCAGACGUUAUUGCAAAGGGCAAAGAAGCUGCUUUAGUGUCCUGAAGCUCAGGUAAGAUACAGUAAGAUACUCAGAGAGACACUAGAUAAUAAUGUUAAUUUACAUCAAAUGAUCUUAUUGCAAAAUCUCAGCCUUAGAAUUUACUUGGAUGUGUCUGUCCGUAUACCUCAAUUUCAGAAAUCUCUGUACAGAAAAUUCUGUGGUACUGUGUAAUACCACACACAGUCUUAAAUCUAUAUAUUACACAGAUAUUGCACAACAUUAUGUACUACACUGCAUUAAUAUAAUACAUUUCGAGAUACAGCAAGAGGAGUUUUUUCCUCAGGUCAUGUUGGAUGUGAAGUUUAAUGAGCAUAGUGAAAGUUAAUUGUGAGUAUGCUUCCCGAUGUUUAAAAAUCAGGAAUUAAUAGUAACAAUGAAUUCAGAAUGGCCUAUUAAUCUUAAUAAUGAAUAGUCUAUUCUGGGGCUAAUUUUUUUGAUGCCUGAAGUAAAUAAGAGAACUUUCGUUGUUCUAGGUUCAGAUAUUUUGUUUCGAAGUAUGUAUGAAUUGUGAGCCACAGUUUUUCCUUAAAAUUACAGCUGUGUUCUUUUCUUGGACCUUUCUAUGCCUAGAGGAACUGGGGGUUUUUUGCUAGGAAAUUGGAAAUCUACACAUUCCAGAAGGAGAAAUAUUACUCAAAGCUACAAACCAAAGCUUAGUUUGUCAGCUUCAAAACAGUGGCAUUUCUCAGUGUCACUAAUGUAGGAUGAAAUUUUGCCUGCUGGAAUGCUGAUGAGCCUAUCUUGUAAGGCCUGGCUUCGUGAGAGGAAAACAUUUUGCCCAAAAGCCACCAACAUAAAAUCAUGGUGGGAAAGGAGCACACUGAAAAAUCUCUGUAGUACCUACACCAUGGUGUUCAGUGACCAGGAUUAGUAGAAUGAGUAUUUGAGACUAUGGGAGCUGUAAUAAAGAAGCAUGUGAGGUGUUCAAAAGUGCAAAAUUAGCUUGCCCGCUUAGAAUUAGCCUUGGUAUUCCUUUCUGUGUUACAAUUAUGUGCGGUUACAAAUCAGUCUUUCUUCUUUUUCCAUGAAUUAUUUGGAUUGCAAUGAAAAUGGUUUUAGCUUUUUAAGAGGAAUAUUUUACUUUGGCAGGGUUGUUUUUUUUUUUUUUAAUUUAGGAUUUUUUAGGGAAAACAGAUUCUUUUUGUGUCAAAACCAAGGUUCAUCUGACAAGUUAAUGGCAAACCAAGUUUUUAACAGGACCUGAAGCGUUACAAUAUCUGCCUUCUAUUUUCCUGAUAGACAGUAUGGUUGGUAGUUGUUGAAGGUGUUUCCAAUUAAAACCACCAUGUUUGUUAAUGAGAAUGAUUGUUUUAACUUUUCUUUUUUUCCUGGAAAGUAUUUGAUUUCAGGUUUCAAAGCUCUAAAUCUAGUUCUGAAGAUCAAAAGUGGUAUCACCUGACUUGUAGGUGAUACAUCAAUAUGUUGAACUGAGGUGGUGCACAGUUUGCUUGAGAGAGCUCACUUGUGAAUGUUAAACCUUUUGGUUUGACUAAUCCUUGUGGAAUUAGCAUGUCCUAAAGUUAGAAAUUAAUCUCUGGCCCCAUGGGCUAUCAGUAUAUCAAAGAUGGAAUUUACUAUAAAGAGAAUGUUCCUUCAAGAAAACAUGUUAUACAUAAUUUUUUCCACAGUUCUUGAGGCAAAAGUUACGUAAUUGAGACAUGCUUCUGUAACUCACGUCAAAACACCAAAUGUGCUGGGGAAUUUUGGUAGGAAUUUGACACAAAGGGCAAAUGACACAAUAAAGAUGUUUGCACUGUAUCACGCAGGAUUGGUUUAUUUAAAGAGCUGAAGAAAUACUUUGCUAACAGAUGUAAUUUUUUAUUUUGUCAAUUGCUAAUGAUGGAAUCAUUGUGAGAUAGAUUUUGUCACCAAUGAUCAUUUGUACAAUGUCUUCUGAAAUACAGUGCUGGAUCAAUCAUCAGUAUGAACAAUGAUGACUUUAAUCUGUGCUUGCUUGGUAGGAGCAUUUGGAGAGGAUUUAACCCAUGUUUAUGUAUCACCUUUCAUAUAUUUUGCACUUUGUUUUCUGAAUUCAUCCUGCUUUUCACCAAAAAGGUUAGACCUCUUUUUAUACAUUACCUACAAUCAAAAUUGGAUGACUAAUGAAAUAACUGAGUAAUGCGAGCUGAAUUCUAAGUAAACCUAAUUUUUACUGAGAGCUUCAGUGGGCCUUAGUACUUAUGAUAGUAAACCAUGAUCUUGGCUUCAAUGUGCACUUACUAAGCCAAACUUAAGGCAUCCAUGCAUCUAUUUUAGUUCUUGCUUGCCAUUGCUCACAGUGGACUUUCUAUUCCUUGCACCACAUCAGAUUCUCAUACUGUUUUCAGGCAGGGAAUUAAGAGAGAAAACUCUUUCAUGUGUAACAUGGAAAUGUCUGUAAUAGCAAAACCAUCAGACUUGGACUGUACCUAGGAGGCUAAACAAAGGACAUUUUAAACUCAAUACCUUUUCAAAGAAGUAAGUAAAAUAGAAGUUGUUUUGAUGUGAAAAUAAAAAAUUGUUUUUAUACAAGA